AUGGCGAUGAAAUACCUCGGCGCUUACUUGAUGGCGGUCCUCGGCGGGAAGGAGGCUCCAGAUGCCAAGGACAUCAAGACCAUCUUGGAAGCGGGUGGUAUCAGCUACGAAGAUGAGCUGAUUGAUGAGGCUUGCAAGCGGAUGGAGGGCAAGCAGGCACGGCGAGCAGCACCUCACGUCAUCGGGGACCAAGUGGCGGUGGGACUGCCGCAGUGGCUCCUGCGGCCUCGGGAGAAGCCACAGGAGGAGAAGAAGAAGGUCGAAGAAGAGGAGGAAGAGGAGGAGAUGGACUUCGACCUUUUUGGGUUCUUCACUAAAAAGAUUAUUCGGUUGCUGCCCAACAUCCGCUGCUUCGAGCUGAUGCGAGUCGCUGCAUUGGCUGUGGUGGCUGCUGCCGUCAUAGCCUUCCGUCUUUUGCCAGAGAGCGGUGGCGAGGUUCACCCAACGCAGCACUUUCAGCCACCUGUACAUGAGAAGCCGCCAGCGAGCCUGCCGCUGCUAGAGCCUUCCAAGGCACUGCAACAGCUUGCAGCGCCCGAGGGAGGCGAGUGGCGGGUUGUCUCGCAGUUUCCAAGGAUCUAUGUACAGGAUGGUUUCCUCAGCGAGCCAGAAUGCGAGAUCUUGAAGCAGCAGGUCGCCGGCCGCCUGGAACCUGCCAAGGUGGUUCAAAAGGCAGACAACAAGUUCGAUGAGCAGGUCAGUGUGAGGAACAACCGGCAGAUUUGGUUGAACUACACGCAGGAAAGAGACGACCCGGACGUCUUCCACCUGCUCAAGCGAAUGCAUCGUGCCUCUCGCAUUCCCGACGAUGACGCUGAAGCUCUUCAAAUAGGUCACUACGGUGUCGGCGAGAAGUACGAAACACAUCAGGAUUCUGAUCCUGGGAACGACGUGGCGCGCCCGGCGACACUGAUAGUGUAUCUCAACGAUGUGGAGGACGGGGGCGAGACCCUGUUUCCUCUUGGAAAUCGACAGGACUGCACCAUGCAGUGGAGAGCGGCAGCCGAUGGUAGUUCGGUGUUUGGCGCGAGUGCCUGCUGCGACAGGAGCGACCUCUUGCGUGUUUCCCCAAAGAAGGGUCGCGCGGUGCUGUUCUUCAACCACGAUGCAGCCGGGAGAAAGGAUCGAAUGGCGGAGCACGCCGCCUGUCCCGUGAAGCGAGGUGAGAAAUGGAUCGCACAGCGCUGGUUCCGCUACGAGCCCUACCAGCGGCUGGUGCACCCUUUGGAUCUACGCAGACACCUCAGUUGCUUGGAUGCUCCGGCCCAUCUUCAACUCCAUCAUCGAAGUAGCAGGAGAGGCUUGCCGGUGGCUACAGCAUGUGCCUGUGUGGGCAUGUGUGUGUAUGUGUGUAUGUUCAUAAUAUAUAACUAUAUUAUUCUAGGGGCUGCGCCCAGGUGCGGGCAGCGCGAGUUGUUGUCAGCGGAUGUAGCGGGGGAACGGGAAAGACACGGUCAAAAUUUCCAGACGGUGCCGAGACAACGACAGCUCGACACCGGAAGAAAAGUGUGA